AUGUUAAAAUAAAUAAAACUUAGCAAAUCAGAAUCAAAUGACUCUGUUAGUCAAUCCUUUUUAGCUAAUGUUGAAAAGUAUAAAUGUAACUUUAGAUUUCUAUAACUUUAGAAAGUAAAACUGAUGCCAUUAACAUUUAUGAUUUAAAUAGUAUUAAAUUGCAAGCAGAUGUUAUUCUCAAAAAUAUAGAAAAUUAAAUUAAUAGUAUAUUUCAUAUAUUAAAUAGAAUGUUCUUAAUGGAAAUCAUAAAAAGAAUAACAUUUUUCAUUGAAUACUACUUAAACUACUGGAAAUUAAUAAUAAGAAAGACAUUGGAGCUCUUCUAUUAACAAAAAAAUUCAAUAGUCAAGACCUUUUUCUGCAUUAUCAGGAAUUGCCCCAAGAAUUAAAAGAGUUGAAGAUAGUAAGGUAAAAGAUAAAAUAGAAUCUUAAUAAUAAAUAAUUGAAAAGUGUAUUUAACCCUAAAAAUAACCAAAAACAACUUUAGAUUUAAAUUAGUUAUGCAAUCAAGAGUUACUUAUGGGAAAUUUCAAAUUGGAAACAAUACUUGGAUCUGGAUCAUUUGCAAUGGUUAGAAUGGGUGUUGAUAAAAAUACAAAAGAGAAAUAUGCUAUUAAAAUUUAUGAAAAAAUAAAAUUGAAUGAUUCUUAAAAGAUGAAUAAUGUAAAAAGAGAAAUAUCUAUAUUGAAAAGAAUUGAACAUCAAAAUAUAAUUAAAUUAUAUUGGGCAAUAGAAGAUAAAAAAUCAGUACUUUAUUAUAAUAUAAGAUAAAUUUAGUCAUGGAAUAUAUUUCCUCAUAAUCUUUGGCUUCGUACAUAAAGUCAAAGCCAAAUAGAAUCUUACCAGAAAAGGAAUGUUUAACUUUAUUCUAUUAAAUUGCUAUGGCUAUAAAAUAUUUACAUGAUCUAAACAUAAGUCAUAGGGAUAUAAAAUUAGAUAAUGUGUUAAUGUUAAAAACAAAUGUUAUUAAAUUGAUAGAUUUUGGUUUUGCUAUUUGCAUGCCUCAGAAUUAAAAAACUAAUGUAUUUUGUGGCACACCUCAUUAUAUGUCUCCAGAAAUCAUAGCAAAAGUAAUUUACUAAUUUAUAUAAUGAGAUUCCUCAUCAUCCUUUUAGUUCAGACAUUUGGUCAUUAGGAAUUUUGUUAUCUAAAAUGCUAACAGGAGAAUAUCCUUUUAAAGGAUAAAAUGAUAAAGAUUUAUAUCGUUAGAUUUAAUGUUAAAAAUUAAAAACUAGUUAAGAUAAAAAAAUUAAUGAAAAUAUAAUGAGAAUUAUAAAUGGAUGUUUAGAAAAGAAUAUUUAAAAUAGAUGGAAUAUCGAUUAAAUUAUUAAUGAUCCAGUGUUUCAUAAUGAUAUAUUAAUACCAUCAAUAAAAAGUUUUUGA